CGCCACUGGCCGACCCUGCGCAGGCUCCAGCUCUGCUCGGCUCGGCUCCGUUCGAGUGCGCGCCGCGGCCAUGCAGCGCCGGGGCGCCCUUUUCGGUAUGCCAGGAGGCAGCAGCAGCAGGAAGAUGGCUGCAGGAGACAUCGGCGAGCUGCUGGUGCCCCAUAUGCCCACGAUCCGAGUGCCCAGGUCCGGAGACAGGGUCUACAAGAACGAGUGCGCCUUCUCCUACGACUCCCCCAAUUCUGAAGGUGGACUGUAUGUAUGCAUGAAUACAUUUUUGGCCUUUGGAAGGGAACAUGUUGAAAGACAUUUUCGAAAAACUGGACAGAGUGUAUAUAUGCACCUGAAAAGACAUGUGCGAGAGAAGGUAAGAGGGGCAUCUGGUGGAGCUUUGCCAAAAAGGAGGAAUUCCACGAUUUUUUUAGAUCUAGAUACUGAUGAUGAUUUAAAUAGCGACGAUUAUGAAUAUGAAGACGAAGCCAAACUUGUUAUAUUCCCAGACCACUAUGAAAUAGCACUACCAAAUAUUGAGGAGUUACCAGCCCUGGUUACAAUUGCUUGUGAUGCAGUUCUUAGCUCAAAAUCUCCAUACAGAAAGCAAGACCCAGACACAUGGGAAAAUGAAUUGCCAGUAUCCAAAUAUGCCAAUAACCUCACCCAGUUGGACAAUGGAGUCAGGAUUCCUCCAAGUGGUUGGAAGUGUGCCAGGUGUGACCUGCGGGAAAACCUCUGGCUGAAUCUGACAGACGGCUCUAUCCUGUGUGGGAAGUGGUUCUUUGACAGCUCUGGGGGCAACGGGCAUGCAGUGGAGCAUUACAGAGACACGGGCUACCCACUGGCUGUGAAACUGGGAACCAUCACUCCUGAUGGGGCAGAUGUUUAUUCUUUUCAAGAAGAGGAGCCUGUUUUAGAUCCUCAUUUGGCCAAGCACUUAGCACAUUUUGGAAUUGACAUGCUUCACAUGCAUGGGACAGAGAAUGGGCUCCGGGACAAUGACAUCAAGCCAAGGGUCAGCGAGUGGGAAGUCAUCCAGGAGUCGGGGACGAAGCUGAAGCCCAUGUAUGGCCCUGGGUACACGGGUCUGAAGAACCUGGGCAACAGCUGCUAUCUCAGUUCUGUCAUGCAGGCCAUCUUCAGCAUCCCGGAAUUUCAGAGGGCGUAUGUAGGAAACCUUCCAAGAAUAUUUGACUACUCUCCAUUAGAUCCAACACAAGAUUUCAACACACAGAUGACUAAGUUAGGACAUGGCCUUCUCUCAGGCCAGUAUUCCAAACCUCCAGUGAAAUCUGAGCUCAUCGAACAGGUGAUGAAGGAGGAACACAAGCCUCAACAGAAUGGGAUCUCACCACGCAUGUUUAAGGCCUUUGUAAGCAAGAGCCACCCAGAAUUCUCAUCGAACAGACAGCAGGAUGCCCAGGAAUUUUUCUUACACUUGGUGAACCUAGUAGAGAGGAACCGCAUUGGUUCAGAAAACCCCAGUGAUGUUUUCCGGUUUUUGGUGGAAGAACGUAUUCAGUGCUGUCAGACCCGCAAAGUCCGCUACACGGAGAGGGUGGAUUACCUGAUGCAGUUACCUGUGGCCAUGGAGGCAGCAACUAACAAAGAUGAACUGAUUGCCUAUGAAUUAACGAGAAGGGAAGCUGAAGCAAACAGAAGACCCCUGCCUGAAUUGGUUCGUGCCAAGGUACCAUUUAGUGCCUGCCUUCAGGCAUUUUCGGAACCAGAUAAUGUGGAUGAUUUCUGGAGCAGUGCCCUACAAGCAAAGUCUGCGGGUGUGAAAACAUCUCGCUUUGCCUCAUUCCCUGAAUACUUGGUAGUGCAGAUAAAGAAGUUCACUUUUGGUCUUGACUGGGUUCCCAAAAAAUUUGACGUUUCUGUUGAUAUGCCAGACCUGCUUGAUAUCAACCAUCUUCGAGCCAGGGGGUUACAGCCAGGAGAGGAGGAACUUCCAGACAUUAGUCCCCCUAUAGUCAUUCCUGAUGACUCAAAAGAUCGUCUGAUGAACCAAUUGAUAGACCCGUCAGACAUUGAUGAGUCAUCAGUGAUGCAGCUAGCUGAGAUGGGUUUCCCUCUAGAAGCAUGUCGGAAGGCCGUGUACUUUACUGGAAAUAUGGGAGCCGAGGUGGCCUUCAACUGGAUCAUUGUUCACAUGGAAGAGCCAGAUUUUGCUGAACCGCUAACCCUACCUGGAUAUGGAGGAGCAGCUUCCUCUGGAGCCUCAGCUUUUGGUGCUACUGGUUUGGAUAACCAACCUCCAGAGGAAAUUGUCGCCAUCAUCACCUCCAUGGGGUUCCAGCGAAAUCAGGCUAUUCAGGCGCUCCGAGCAACGAAUCAUAAUCUGGAAAGAGCUCUGGAUUGGAUCUUCAGUCACCCUGAGUUUGAAGAAGAUGGCAACUUUGUGAUUGAGAUGGAGAAUAACGCCAAUGCAAACAUUAUUUCUGAGGCCAAGCCUGAAGGACCUAGAGUCAAGGAUGGAUCUGGAACAUAUGAAUUAUUUGCAUUCAUCAGUCACAUGGGAACAUCAACAAUGAGUGGCCAUUAUGUUUGCCAUAUCAAAAAGGAAGGAAGAUGGGUGAUCUACAACGACCACAAAGUUUGUGCCUCAGAAAGACCCCCAAAAGACCUGGGCUACAUGUACUUUUACCGCAGGAUACCAAGCUAAACCUCACAUACACAAGUCGGCGAGAGAAGCCAUACGCCUUUUUAAUUUGCCAAAAAA